UUACACCCCCUGAUUACCAGCCUCCUGGCUUUAAGGAGGGCGAGUGCGAGGGGAUGGUGUUUGAAGGGGAGCCCAUGUACCUGAACGUGGGCGAAGUGCCAACGCCUUUUCAUAUGCUGAAAGUGAAAGUUACAACUGAAAAACAACGCAUGGAAAACGUUGAUAGAAGCAUCCUAAAGCGUGGCGGAAGCAAUGUGCCUCUCCAGGUGCUCAGAGUGGACAGAGAAGAUUCAGAAGGUCCAGAAGAAGAGAACCAGGACGUGAAUGAAGAUCCUGCCUUGGAUAAUAAAGCGGAAGACAGGAAUAAUGGCAGUAUUUCAGAAGCUCCAGAACCGAAUUCAACUUGUGAGGAUGAUGAGGUUGUGAAGCCUGGAGGGAACCAGAAUCUGUCUGUGUCUAAUCCUCAGGUUGAUCAUUUGGCAAGUAAGACGUCUGAACUUCACAUGUCGGAGAGCAGGACAAGAAGUGGAAAGAUAUUUCAAAGCAGCACCGUUCAUCAGCUGGAUCCCUCGUCGAGCCAAGAUGUGCUGCCCAAAAGGAGGAAGAUCAGUGAGCCGAAGGAGCAGUUCUAG